AUGGUUCAACUUUCCAAAGUCCUGGCAAUUGCCGCCGCCUGUCUGGCUACUCCUGCCAUCGCCCACCCGGGUGAGAAGCACGACCCGCAUGUCCUGAAGCGGCAAAUUCAUGCCCGUGAUGUGAUGGCUGCUGCUGGAAAGCGCUCGCUGGGUGGCUGCGAAAGCACCCUCCAUGCCCGCGAACUCGCCAGGCGCAAUGUUGCUCGCCGCGCACACACCGUGCAAAAGCUUCGCGAGAAGCGCGGCAUCACCUCCGCUCCCCAGAAGUACCGCCGCAACUUGGCCGCUCUAGAAAAGUGGGAAGCCAUUGACCACAACCGCACCGACGCAUACCAGCACGGCGUAAUCAACCAGGAGUCCAUCUUUGGCGCCAACACCUCGUGCAUUCUUACGCCCACCGUCACCGAUGGACCGUACUACGUUUGGGGCGAAGUCGUGCGUGAAAACGUGAAGGAAAAGCUAUACUCGGAUGGCGUGGACGUUCACCUCGAGGUGCAAUACAUCGAUAUCAACACCUGCCACCCUGUUCCCGGUGCUCUGGUCGACAUCUGGCAAGCCAACGCCACCGGCGUGUAUAGCGGCAUUUCGACAAGUGGCAACUACGCCGCUGGAGGCUGGGACAGCACGUAUCUGCGUGGUAUACAACAGACCAACCAGGACGGCGUGGUCAAUUUCGACAGCAUCUUCCCCGGCCACUAUGACGGUCGUGCUACCCACACCCACCUUCUCACCCACUUAAACGCCACCCUUCUCCCGAACAAGACCCUGGAAGUUGGCAGCGGCAGUGUUGCUCACAUCGGCCAGUUGUUCUGGAACGAGGUCCUGCGCUCGGCGGUCGAGGCCACCUACCCCUACACCAGCAACACCCAGGCCAUCACCACUAACGCCGACGAUAUGUGGAGUGUCCUGCAGGCCGAUGCUUCGUACGACCCCUUCCCCGAAUACAUGUACCUGGGUGAUAGCCUCGACGAUGGUCUCUUCGCUUGGAUCCAGAUCGGUAUCAAUGCCAUGGCUGACUACACGGACAACUCGUACUACAGCAUUGCUGCCUACCACGAUGCCAACGGCGGCCACGAGAACUCGGAUAGCUCUGCCAUGGGCGGCGGCGGCGGAGGUGCUCCCAGUGAUUCCAUGUCCGGCAUGCCCUCCGCUUCCCCCUCUGCUUCUUCCUAA